CAUCGAAGCUGCUGCAAAACCGCUCGCUCCUCUCGCAAUGGCCCUGCCAAGCCGCACCAACUCUGCCACUGCACCGCGGCUCAAUGUCAAAAAAGCCGUCCUCUUUCACAGCCAAAGCAGAUGGCGAGAGGCCCAGGUGGGCCGACAGGCAGCACAGCGGCGGUUGGCGCGGCGCCAGCGGCAGCUGUCCUGCCAGCCCAGCGCCAGCCUGAGCCUGGAGGCUGUCAAGGAUGUCGGCGGCCUGGUGCUGUUCUCCGCGCUGCCCUUCGUGGCGGUGCAGGCGCUGGCCGACAGCAAGCUGGGCAAGGACCUGCUGGCUGGCCUGGAGGCGCAGAAGCCGCUGCUGCGCAGGCAGGCGGCGCAGCAGGAGGCCGAGCGGCGGGCGGCGCGGCAGCAGAGCCCAUGGUUUGGCGCCGCCCGCCCGCUGUGGCUGGGCCCGCUGAGCACGCAGCCGCCGCAGCACCUCAGCGGCGAGCUGCCUGGCGACUAUGGGUGGGACCCUGCUGGGCUGGGGCGCGACCCUGCCAAGCUGGACCGGUAUGUGGAGCUGGAGCUGCUGCACGCGCGCUGGGCCAUGCUGGGCGCGCUGGGGGCGGUGGUGCCAGAGCUGCUGCAGCUGGCCGGGUCUGCCACCUUUCUGGAGGAUCGGUGGUGGAAUGUGGGGUACGCCAAGCUGACCACGGGGGAGGAGCUGGCGUACCUCGGCGUACCGGGGCUGAGGGUGGCGGGCGGCCAGGGCGUGGCCAUCAUCGCCUUCUGCCAGGUGCUGCUCAUGUUUGGCCCGGAGUAUGCCCGGGCCUGCGGCAUCUCGGCCCUGGAGCCGCUGGGCGUCUUCCUGCCGGGAGACAAAAACUACCCAGGCGGCUGGCUGUUUGACCCGCUGCAGCUUUCGGGCGAUGCGGAGCGGUACGAGGCGAUGCGGGUGCGGGAGAUCAAGAACGGGCGGCUGGCCAUGGUGGCGUGGCUGGGCUUUGCGGCGCAGGCUGCAGUGACGCGGCAGGGGCCCGUCCAGAACCUGCUGGAUGCUGUGGGCGGGCUGGGUAGCUAGCAGGCAGGCAUGCGGCUGGCCGGCUGGGUGGCCCAGGCGCUGUGCCCGCUCGUGGGGGAGUGGGUGAGCAGGCCCGACAGGCAUGGCACCGGCAGCUCCACUCUGACAUUGGUCAUUUCAUUGCACUUGCAUUUCAUUUGCCUCUCGUUGCCCUGGCAUGGUUUUAUGUUACAUCGGGGGCUGCU